AUGACAGCCAUCGCAGUUGCUUGUCGCGACAUCGACGUGCGCCACGUCCGAGCCCUGAUCGUGGGGCCGCCAGACACGCCAUACGAGUUCGGUUUCUUCGAGUUCUCGGUCAAGUUUCCAAGAGACUAUCCCACCAAGCCACCAACCGUACAAGCGAUCACGACGAAUGGCGGCCGGACACGCUUCAACCCGAACAUCUAUGCUGGAGGGAAGGUAUGCCUGUCCAUACUAGGGACGUGGCGGGGAGAGCGCAACGAGGAGUGGUCAUCCGCUCAGGGACUCGAGUCCAUUCUUUUGUCCAUACAGAGUCUCAUGUCGUCGAAUCCAUACGAGAAUGAGCCCGGUUACGAGACCUUGAACGGCGACUCUGACAAGAAACAUCAAAAGGCCUAUGUGCAGAAGAUACGACACGAGACGAUUCGCAUCUCGGUCGUCGAGCGGCUCGAAGAGUACCUGCGCAUCAACCGCUUCGAAGCGGCCGGCGUGGAAGUCUACACCGCCCAAGAAGCGUCUGACUCAGGUUCCUACGACAUGCCAUUCGAGCCUUUCAGAGACCUGUGCAAGCGCCGCUUCCUCUGGUACUACCACUCCUACCUUCACGCCAUAGAAGAGGAGUCCAAAGACAUAAAAGAUGGUUCAGAGUUCCAAAGGAUGCCUUUUGAAGGCGCUGGCAACAUCAUGGAAGGCAAUUUCAGAUAUGGCGAGCUCAGGAAGAGACUAGAAGUCAUACGUAAGAGGCUGGACAUGGAGACCGACCAGUGGGCAAAAGACGGCCUGAUGGCGGUGCAGAAGGAGCUCUCGAUCGCGAACACUCUAGAGCGGCAGUUCGAGCAGACAGUCGAGUGGUUCAAGAACAACGACAGCGUAGCACUGGACCUCGAGCUGGUUGACAAGAGCCCUUUCGUUUGGCAGCUCGUGCUGUUUGGUCGGCCGAUGACCAAUCUGGAUGGAGGCAUGUUCCGCAUGAAGCUUCACAUGAGCACCAGGUUCCCGGAGGAGCAGCCGCGCAUCAGGUUCGAGACGCCGAUCUUCCAUCAGCGCGUCUCGAAGGAUGGCGUACUCUGCUACUUCCCACCAAAGCCGGACGACUUGAAAUCGCACAUCCAAGCGAUUGUAGAGGCGAUCGUGGAAGAGGAGCCGGCAUACGAUCCGAGGACCAUCGUUAACUCAGAGGCGGCGACGCUAUUCUGGGGCUCGAAGGAUGACAAGAAGUUGUAUAACCGGCGGUUGCGGCGGUCGGUGCAAGAAAGCACAGAGUAG